AAAUUUGAAUUGAAGGCCGGCUGGUGUACCGUGCUUUUAUAAUUAAUUAAUUUACUCACCGUUUAAGCAACAAGAAAACCGUCAUUUAAUAUAAAUUUUAAUAUGAAUGAUACAGUCUUAUUUCCCUCACCAAAUUGGUUUCAAACAUCAGGCAUAGGCGUAAGUCCCGAUGGCUGGCUUAUUUACGGAGGUCCUAGUAAAAGUCUUUGUGUGCUGAAACCGUUUAAAAAAUCAGAAAAUCUUAAUCAAUGUUACCAAGCACAGGUCUUGAACAGAGCACAUAAUGAAAAAAUAGUCAGUGUGGACAUUACCCCAGAAUGGCCUGAAAAAAGGUACAUAGUUGCUGGCAGUGCUGAUGGUAUAGUGAAACAAUGGUCUUUUAGUGAAGUCAAUAAUUCAAUCAAAAUAAAAUUUGAACAAAGUCAUGAUAUACACCAUAGUGAAAAAGAGGAAGUUGUAGGUGUGGGAUAUAGCAAUGAAACAUUUGUAUUGACAGUUGGCAAUUUUGGUAAUAUUGUUAAGUGGGAUGUGUCUUCGAAUAUUGCCAAAUCUUUUAACACUUUUCUUAAAAGUUUUAAACCAACUUGUCUUGCAUGUUCGCCUCACAUACUCCUUAAUGUUGCUGUCGGGACAAGGCAGGGUGUAGUUUUUGUAUUGGACCUAAAUGGAACAGGAAAAGUUUUAUACAAAGUCAGAGGGCAAAAUGAAGAAAUUGUAAAUGUAUCAUGGUGUCCCAAGUAUGAUGUUUUAAUUAAGAGAUCUCUAGAGGAAUCUGAGAAAAGAUCACAUUUAUCUGAUAGAUUAGCGAAAAUAAGACUAGAAGGUGAAGUGGCUGAGGGGUUAAAUAAAUCUGGUGUCACCAAAGAUUUGCCUGAAGAUAGUUUUGACGAAUCCAUUGUGCAAGAAGAUGACAUGUUUGAUAUUUACAAGGACCAUGAAGAAGAUGAGUUUGGUCACAGAAAAUAUAAACCUGAGAUGAUUGUUGUUAAAACAAAAAAAGAAAAAGAUACUGAAAGUGAUUUUCUAGCUGAUUGUAUGAAAUUAAAAGAGGAUUUGUUAAAAAUUAAGAAUGCAUCAGAAGACACAAUAGAAGAUCUUGUAGAUGCUAUGGAUAAGGCACAUGUAAGUCAAGAAAUUAGUGAAAAGGAUUUACCUAGUGAAGAGAAAUCUGAUAAAGUAGAAGUAAGCUGUCAUCCACAUAAACAUCUUUUGGCAUCAAUUGGAAAACAAGGUGGUGUUCGGAUAUGGUCUAAGUCAGGCAAAUUAGUUGCAAGUUGUGCAGUUGCAACAUUUGCCAAAAACCAAAAAAGUAAGAUUCCAGCCUGGGCAACCUUAUUGUGGUAUAAAGCAGAAACUCUUCUUAUUGCUGAUGGGAAGAGCCAACUGCUUACAUGUAAUCCACUUAAAUUAGAUUGUAAAAACAAAUUAGAAUGGAAAGUGGAGCACAGCUUACACAAGCGCGGCCUAUUUUGCAUUGCAUCAAACGCACCAAAAAUGCAGUCAUCUAAAACUAUUAGUACUGAGCAGUCAACAGAUUCAUCAGAAAAUGCGUCCAGUGAAAUCUUUAAAAAUAAAGUUAAUGAAGAGGAUUGGAUCAUCUGGUCUGCGUCUCAAGAUAGGAAUUUAGUGUGUUAUUCUGUGGAGAAGCAUGAAGCACUAGCAAUGUAUAAUUCAUGUGGAGGAUAUGUUUAUGACAUUGAAUCAUGUCCAUAUGAUGCCAGGCAGGUUGCCAUAAGUGUGGGUGAUGGAGCCGUAAGAAUUUGGGAAGCAGAUAUAGAUGAAGAUGAUCCAAAACUAUUUAGAGGAACAGUUUAUACUUACUGGCAGAAUGUUCAAGGAAAAGUACUUACGAUUGCAUGGCAUCCAACUAGUGAAAAUCUAUUGGCAUUUGGUACUGCUGAGUCUAGGGUAGGUCUGAUUGACACAGGUGGCAAAACAGAGAGGCCAGCUCGCACCCUAGUACCUGCUUUGCGUGGUGGAGUGUAUUCUUUGUGUUGGGGUCUAAAGGACUGUCUGUAUGCGUGUGGUGGGGGCGAGCUUGUUGUGUAUCACACGAAGAAUAUAAACGAAGAUCCAACUCCAAUAACAGUAGAAAUAGAGGGAAAGAAGUGGGAGUUAACAUCCGUGCGGUGGCACGAGCGAGGUGUCCUAGUUGGAAGUGGACACGGUGGAGUUGCUUUGUUGAGUCAUACACAUGAACCCAUUGCUGCUGCAUUUAUCUUCAGUAAAAUGAUACACCACAUGGACUGGCACCCACAACAAACAUCAAGUUCAAAUGAAGAAUCCCCAUACAAGAACUUGAUAGCUGUCAGCUCACUGGAUAAACAGAACAAUAUUAUCAUCUUGGAGCAUGACGAGAAAGAAGAAGUGCCAAAGUUACUAGUAUGGAAAACACUAACAGGACACAAAGGCCCUGUGUUGCAAGUUAGCUGGAAUCCCCAUAUAGAAGAAUUGCUGUUGUCUACAUCGCAAGAUUCUACUGUGCGAAUAUGGGACAUAGCAACGGGCGUGUGCACUCACAUAAUGGGCUCGCACACGCACAUGUCGCUGGGCGGCGCGUGGAGCGGGCAGCCGGCGCGCGCGCGCACCGCGCUCUCCGGCGGCGCCGACUGCGCGCUGCGAGCCUGGCCCAUAGACUGCUAUCCCGCGGACCGCUACCAAGAAGUAAAACACGAGUUGUUAAAGGACAAAAAGAAGAAGAAAGAGAAAAAAGCCGAAGAUAAAUCUGAAGAUAUAUCGGCAGCGAUUGUUUCAGACAACAAUGUUAAAUCCAAUAAGAAGUUCCUCUUACCAACUAUAAAUGGUCAAAUGUAUCCAUUAACUGCUUUGAAAAUAAGAAAAAUGGCGGAAAUAUGUUUAAACAAUGCUGAUAUUGCAAAUGGUCAGACGGAGUUGGAGACUGGAUCGGACUUUAUAAGAAUGUUUGGUAACACAAACGACGUUAACGCAGUCUUGGACUUGGAGAUGAAAAACCAUUUAGAACACGACAGAUUGGAGGCAUGGAUAAUGAUAUCAAUAUUACGCGGGGAAAUGUCCGCCAUGAUUGAGUUUGCGAACCAGUCAGAUAUGCUGUGCCCUUUCCUCGUUAGCUUGGCACCUUGCGUUUCGUUCAAAUACUGGAAGGACACAAUGCAGUUAUACUUGGCUCAAAUAGACAGGAAAAUUGCGAAAGGAGAAAAAGAUAAACCGAAACCUAGCAGAGAAUACGGUGGAGUGAUAUUCAGGAAAGUGGCGCUAUUGCUGAGCGUGCACGACGUGAAGAAGGCGGUGCAAGUGCUUACAGAGGCGAGGCUUUUCAAAGAAGCCUAUUUAUUAUCGAGAACUAGGCACAUGGACAGCAUUGCUGAAGAAACACUAAAAAUGUGGGCUGUAGACAGUAUUAAAACUGGAAUGUUUCCAUUGGCUAGUUUAUGUUACAUAGCACUCAAUGAUGCAUACCAAGCUGCAAUUGCUCUGUCGAAAAUAAACAGUCAAGAAUAUUUGAAUCUCGCGGCUGAUCUGGCAAAAAUGGCGGGUCAAGUCACAUUCGCGGAACACAUAGAUGAUAAAAUUGAACAGAUACAUAAUACUGAGGAGACGGAAGAUUUAAAACCUUUGCCUUCUAGAACGGAGUUACUUACUGAACUUAGCAGUGCCGAAGAUGCCAAAAAUGUUAAUAAUGUUACUGUGUAAAUAAACUUUUUCAUUCUUAUUAA